AGAGCCACCAUGGCGCACGGCGGGCCACGCGUGUCCGCCGCCGCCGCUCCGCGCGGGGCCGCCCGCCUGCCGCCGCCGCUGCUGCUGCUGCUGCUGCUGCCACCGCUGCUGCUGGGCGCCGCCGCCGCGCUGCGCUGCGCGGAGCCCUGCGGCCGCCCGCGCCCUGGAGCCCUGACCCGCGGGGCGCGCAGCCCGCCGGAGCCGCGGCGCGGCGGCGAGGCGGCGGCGGGUGGCAGCCGCUCCAGGAGAGCAUCCUCGGCGGCGGGCCGGGAGCAGGUCUCCCUCAUCAGCACCUCUUUCGUGCUCAAAGGGGACGCGUCUCACAACCAGGCGAUGGUGCACUGGACGGGCGAGAACAGCAGCGUGAUCCUGAUCCUUACCAAGUAUUAUCAUACUGAUAUGGGGAGAGUGUUGGAGAGCUCUUUGUGGAGGUCCUCAGAUUUUGGGACAUUAUAUACGAAGUUGAAUCUACAGCCUGGGAUUUCCACUGUUAUUGACAAUUUCUACAUUUGUCCCACCAACAAAAAAAAGAUUAUUCUCGUAAGUUCUUCCCAUAAUGAUCGUGACCAAAGUCUUUUCAUAAGCACGGAUGAAGGAGCCACCUUCCAGAAACAACCUAUUACUUUCUUUGUGGAAACUCUUCUUUUUCACCCAAAAGAAGAAGAUAAAGUACUUGCUUACACUAAGGAAGGCAAGGUUUAUGUAUCCAUUGACUUGGGGAAAAAAUGGAUCCUUCUGCAGGAACGAGUUUCAAAAGAUCAUAUUUUUUGGGCUGUUGCUGGAGUUGAUGGAGACCCUGAUUUAGUUCAUAUGGAAAUCCAGGACCCCAGUGGAGGUUAUCGUUACAUCACUUGCCAGAUUCAAAAUUGCUCUGAUAAGACAAUGACAGUCCAGUUUGCUGGUGGCACUGAUCGGGAUUCCCUUACUGUGCAGGAUGACUACAUAUUUCUUCAGACAACAUCAGCAAAUCAGACCAAGUAUUAUGUGUCUUAUCGUCGCAACGGCUUUGUACAGAUGAAGUUGCCAAAAUACGCGUUGCCAAAGGAUUUACAGAUAAUCAGUACAGAUGAAAACCAGGUGUUUGUGGCUGUUCAGGAGUGGUACCAGACAGACACGUACAACCUGUACCAGUCUGACCCGCAAGGUGUUUACUACUCUAUCCUGCUGGAGAAUGUCCGCAGCACAAAGCAGCCAGAAGAGAAUGUCCUGAUAGAUAUUCUGGAGGUCAGAGGUGUAAAAGGAGUCUUUCUGGCCAACCAGAAAAUUGACGGGAAAGUUACAACUCUGAUAACCUAUAACAAAGGUCGUGACUGGGAUUUUCUAAACCCUCCAGAAAUUGAUAUGAAUGGCAAACCGACAAACUGCAAACCUCCUGAUUGCUACCUUCACCUCCAUCUCCGCUGGGCAGACAACCCCUAUGUGUCAGGCACAGUCCAUACGAAGGACACUGCACCAGGGCUCAUAAUGGGGGCAGGUAACCUGGGGUCCCAGCUGGUUGAGUAUAAAGAAGAGAUGUACAUAACGUCUGACUGUGGGAACACGUGGCGUCAGGUCUUUGAAGAAGAGCAUCACAUCUUGUACCUGGACCAUGGUGGAGUUAUUGUGGCCAUCAAGGACACCUCUAUCCCUCUGAAAAUACUCAAGUUCAGCAUAGAUGAAGGCCAGACUUGGAGUACACAUAAUUUUACCAGCACUUCAGUCUUUGUAGAUGGGUUACUUAGUGAACCUGGAGAUGAGACACUAGUCAUGACAGUCUUUGGACAUAUUAGCUACCGUUCAGACUGGGAACUGGUGAAGGUGGACUUCAGACCAUCCUUCCCCAGGGAGUGCUCUGAUGAUGACUAUGAAUCUUGGGAGCUCACAAAUCUACAGGGUGAUCGUUGCAUCAUGGGCCAGCAGAGGAGCUUUCGGAAGAGGAAGAUUUCGUCAUGGUGCAUUAAAGGGAGAAGUUUCACAUCAGCUCUCACAUCCAAAGUUUGUGAAUGUGUGAACUCUGAUUUCUUAUGUGAUUAUGGGUUUGAGCGCUCUGCACCUCUGAAGUCGGAGUCUAGCAAAUGCUUUGCUGACUUUUGGUUUAACCCAGAAGCACCUCCUGAAGACUGCGUGCUGGGGCAGGCCUACAGCAGCAGCACCGGGUACAGGAAAGUCGUUUCUAAUGUGUGUGAAGGUGGCAUAGACCUGCAGCAGAACUUAGCACAGCGUAUGUGUCCAUUGAUUGCUCCCAAGGGACUUCAGAUCAGCAUCAGAGAAGAAAGCCUGGCUGUUAAGCCUGGGGAAGACGUCACCUUCAUCGUCAAACAAGAGCAGGGGGAUAUAUUGAAUACCAAAUACCAGGUAGAUCUUGGAGAUGGCUUUAAGGCGAUAUAUGUGAACCUUACGAUGACUGGAGAACCCAUCCGUCACCGCUAUGAGAAUCCUGGGAUUUACCGUGUCUCGGUGAAGGCUGAGAAUGUGGCUGGGCAUGAUGAGGCUGUGGUGUUCGUCCAAGUCAACUCUCCACUGCAGGCUUUAAAUUUAGAAGUGGUUCCAGUUGUUGGGAGAAACCAGGAGGUGAACCUGACAGCCAUCAUACUGCCUAAGAACCCGAAUUUGACAGUCUUCUACUGGUGGAUAGGAAACAAUCUGCAGCCACUCCUUACAUUGGAGAGUUUUCUGGUGACAAAGUUUGCUGAGACAGGUGACGUCAGAGUUACAGUGCAGGCUUCCUGUGGGAGCUCCAUGCUUCAGGACUCAAAAGUUGUCCACGUUUUUGAUCAUUUUCAUGUUCUUCCUCUGAAGUUUACUAAGCACCUGGACAUAUACAACCCUGACAUACCAGAGUGGAGGGAAGACAUAGGGCGGGUAGUAACACGACUUCUCGCAAAGGAAACCAAUAUACCCAAAGAAACACUCAUGACAGUCGUGAAACCUGGUCUGCCCACAACUGCUGACUUGCAUGUGCUACUACCAGCAAACCAACCAAAAAGGAAGAGAAGUGUAACUAGUGAUAAGAGAAUAGCAGCUAUAAAGCAGGCCUUGAAUGCACACAACAUCAGUUUCUUUCUGAGGGGAGGAUACUGGGUCUUAGUGACUUUAGCUGACUCCAGUUCAGACUCUCAGAGGAUUGGAGGAGGCAGUGGCUACUGGGCUAUUGUGGUUCUCUUUGUUAUCUGUCUAGUCGCAGUUGGGGCUUUCAUCCUCUACAAGUUCAAAAGGAAACUGCCAGGCAGAAAUGUCUAUGCCCAGAUGCACAACGAAAAAGAGCAGGAGAUGACAAGCCCUGUUAAUCAUAGUGAGGACACCCAGAACAUCAUCCAGGGUGAGGAGUUUAUUGAUGAUGAUCUGGACUCUCAAACACUAGGUAACGCAAGAGUGACUCCUUCUGGGAGAAGUGGCAACUUGAACAGCUACAGAGUUCCCCUAUUGCUGAUGCCGGUCAGUGUCCAGUCCCAGGCAAUCACUCAGGCGUGGUUUUGAGCAUCAACUCCAGAGAGAUGCACAGUUACCUGGUUAGCUGAUAUUUACAGCUGAACAUAAAAACCGAAAGACUCUUCUCUGUAUCAUUUUAUUUUUCCCUGGUGAUGUCACAAAAUUUCAAAUAUGGCUGUAAAUGCUGGUGGAGAGGAGGUUCCUUAUUGGUCCCGUGGAAAAAAGUGUCCAUCAUCAGUUACCAGGGAAGAAGGAUAAUACGUCUUGUGUUCACUCUAUGGCCUGGGAACUCGUUAUGAUUGAAACUCAAACUACGGUAGCAAAUUUGUAGCCCUAGGCACCUUCAAUGCCACCUUUUUUCUUUUCUGUAUAUACUCUAGUUCUUUAUGUUUAUUUUUAGAAGGAUUGACUGUAACUUUUUAACUAUAUUUUUAAUUGAGGUAUUCAGCAGAAGGCUGGAGUUCUUCAGCCUUAAAAAGUGAUUUUUACCCAAGCGACUAGACCAGAACAUGGUUGGUUGAUCACAAUGACAUUUUUUCAGGAGGCCGAGCGUUUCUGUACUGGGAGAGGACUGAGCAAGGAGACAAAUGCACUCCUAGUCAAUACAAGCUCUUUAACUUAAACAUGUGUGAGACAAUCUAAUGAAUUGAGGCUUAGGCCCUUCUGUGGAUUGAAAGAAGUAAAGUGCUAUUCAGGAUAUCUCAUAAUAUAGGAUAAUGCUCUUGUAAGUGUAGCAAGUCCUGACAAACCAUCAGCACCAGUAUCUCCCCCAAUCCCACCCCACAUGAAAGAAAAACACCAGCUUGACGCUGUUUCCAGACCAGGUGCCUUCACUUGUGGACGGUCAUUUCAGUUGCUCCUUCUUGUCUCCUGAGCGAGCACUUCUAGGACGAUGGCAGCUGCCAGAUGAGUUAUCCUAUAAAACCCCGUGCUGGUGGCCUGUCUGUUUUUAAAUUUCCAGAGAGUGUAAAUACCUCUUUUAAGUCACUUUCUUUGUAUGGUUAUUUUUUUAAAACUUCUUAUUAGGGCAGAGGUGCCGGGUGGGUCAGAGCUCUCCCCUGGGCAGGACUGGGUAGCACACCACCGUCCCCUUCCCACCCAUAUCCUUCUUUGGGAUUUUCCCUGGCUGUUUGCCCUUGCAGGCAGGGGUGGGCAAACUCUUACCUGACCUUUGCCGCUCUGGUUGGUUUGGCAAUCUGGAGGGCCAUGAUGGGCUAUGAUUCAGGGGUUCGUAUUUCCUUUCCAUCAUGACAGGGUGUUGUUCAGUCCCUGCCACUGCUGGCCCCUGUUUCUGCAGGGAGGGUGGUUGGGCUCCUGAAGGAGCUGCCUGCGGAAAGGCUUGUGAGUCAGAUCAAGAGUUUUCCUAAUCCCAAUUUGGUGAGUUGGGUCAGAGUUUCCUAGUCCCAACCUCUGCAUCCCUAGGGAAGUGGCAGUGGGGUGAAUCCAAACCCCGCUCGUCUUUUCCCUGGGGUUUACGGAGCCAUGUAGGAAAUGGACAGUGAUGUGAUCAGUUUAAACCUCUGGCAUCCUAUGUGUCACAGCUGCCUGGAAUUAGGAUGCUUCUCUCAGAAACCUAUAUAAUCUCUUCACUUUUUGCCUUCGGUAGAGAAUAGCUAGCUCUUUACUCACUGAAUGUCAUACUGAUGCUAGUGGCAAGCUUGCACACCACCUUGCUUAAGGAGGAUACAGGUACCUAACUACAUCUUUCUGAAUAAACAAACAGAAAAUAAUGAAUGCUGGUAAGACAGAAAAGAACUGUCUUAAAAUUAUCAUAUGCAUUCCAUGUAGCUGUGGAUAUCCUAGAGCAUAUUGUCAUCAAAUGCAAUGGACUGAGAUGUAAUAAUUCAGUGCGGUACUGUAGGCUCUCACAAAUCCCACAGGAUGUAUAUGUAAAGCACAAGAAAAUCUAGAUUAUGAACUUACUGUAAGGAAGUAGGUGGAAAAGUUUAAGUGAAGAUUCUGAAAAGCGCUUGCAAACUCCUCAGGAAAAUAAUUUCAAAAAUUGUUCUAAAAUUUCUGCCUAGGUAGUUAUAGAGUGCCAUGCAAACCGACUUCCAGAGAAGCGAUGCUCUAGCUGACUGUUGUAUGCCAGCCUGUGUAGAAAUCCAAGGGGUUACACGUAUCUGAGUCUGGCUUUCUUGAAGAGAAGUGCAAAUAGAAAACGUGCUGUGCAUUGGAAGCUCUCAGGAUCCUUGCUUUCCAUUCUCACUAGCCCUUUAUGUUUUCUCUAAUGGAAAUGAGCUGGAACAGAGAAUAAAGUAGUAUUGCAAACAUCUUACUCAUUCCUGUGAAAUAGAACUAAAGUGGGUUAUUUGUAAGUAAUAGGUGAGUAGCGGAUUAGCCUCACGGAUAAGGGAUGGGAUGGAAGUUCUAGCUUGGGGUUGUUCUCCCGCGGUUCGUCUGAUUGGCAAAGGACACUGUUGGAAGCGGGUCACAGGUCUAAUCUGUGCUUUAACAGCUACUUUUAUACAUUUAAUACAGGGUGAUUUGUGUCUCUGAUAACAGGAGUCUCUCGGAACACCGUAGAAUAUUUAACUGCGUGGUACUCUAAUUAACACUUAGCACAAUAUAGUGCCUGUAAUAAUGUUUUUCGACACUUAUUAAUUUGAUUCAUGCAGUACUCCUGUGAGGUUGGUUUGUCAUGUCUUAAAAACACUGUUUUCUAAAGAGUUGUCAGUUUUGCCAUAACUGUAUUUAUAAUACCCAGCAGAUAAUAAAGGAAACUUUUGAUUCCCUGGCAAGAAUAACUUUAAAAUUAAUUAUUUUAAAAUUGAGAAAAUACCCUUACCGUUUUCCUAUUCAUGGUGUCUUGGUUUAUCUUUAAAUGAAAAGGCUCAGUAGUGUUAGGUUUUGAAUCUCUUGAACUACAUCCAUGAUAUCUUAGCAUUUUAUCCUUUAUAUGCAUCUAAAUCCUAGACAUACAUAUACAGAAACACAGAGUUUUGUCUAUGCACAAAUGCUUGUCAUACGUGCACGCACACACACAUGCAGUAUUUGUACAUAUUCUAGUUAAAUCUGUUAGUGAGGAAGGGUGAUUUGAUGGCUAAGAAACAGAAGAUGGCUGUCAGGUACCUGGAUUCUGUACCUAGACUUUGGGCAAGUUACGUAACCUGUAUGUGCCUCAGUUUCCCCACCUAUAAAAUUGGGCUGAUAGUAAUUACCUACCUCACAGGGGUAUUGUGAGGCUAAAUUAAUCACUGUUUGGUCAGGAUCUUCAGAGUGAAAGAAUUUUGUGAUCAUUUCUUUGUUUUACUUGUAAUUAUCGCUGUUAUUAAAGGUAGUGUACUGAAACCAGUUGCAAUUAUAUAUAAAUGUAAAACAUGCGUAAUCUGAAAAAGGUACAUUACUAUUAAAAAAAAAAGGUAAUUUGAUUUAAAAACUGUUAUUGGAUCAUAUUGUUACAUGGUAGCAUUGCAACGUUGGCUGUGAUUUUGCUAAGUUACACACUAGUACCUUAAACUUUCUUUUCUACAGUGUUAUUUGGUCAAAAACCUUAUAAUAAUGGGUACAGUAAUACUUACCAACAUUGAUAUUGAACUAUACUGAAACCAACAAAAUUGGUGGUAUAUUGUCCUUGUUUACAUGUUUUGGCUAUCUUUAACUCUUACGUGUUUGCAAUUCCAAAACCCCCCUGUACUUUUCAGAGUGCUCCAAGCAGCACUGAUUUGAAGCGUUCUAACACAGACUUCAAGAUUUACGGCUGUUAUCUUUGCUUUCCCUUUUGACAUUGAAUGUUUUAUAUGUCUUUGGAGUGGUCCAUCCAUAUAAAGUGCUCAGAAGACAUUUAGGGAAAAUCCACACACAGUGUAAAUCAAUGUCUCAAAAAUAAAAGCAAUAUAAACCAAUGUAUGUUUUUAUACCCUGUAGAAGAGGGUGGUGGAAAUGACCAUAAAGAAAUAGAAGGUGCCAGCCUGAGGCAAGAUGUUGUUAUCUCCAAUUCACAUCCAAUUUCUUUGAACUGUUUUAGGAUAUUCUCAUUGAAUUAUAUCUUUCUUGAUGAGUUUUCUGCUUUCAGAGACCAGUGUAAAGAGGAGUAAAGUGUUUAUUCGUGUAAAGUAGAUGUCUCUGGACAGACAGAGACAAAUCAGCGCUUUGCCAUUAGCAGUUCGAGUAGAAAGCAGAUUUCAUCUGACAUGAUUGUGAUGGUUAGUUGUGUUUCAGGUCCAAUGAGACAUCCCUUUAGAGGGAGUACUCUACUACUGCAUGUGGUCUUUUUAAUAGAGGUCAGCAGAAUGGAACAGAAUGGAACUGCAGUGGUUUCCAUCCUCCUUACACAAAUGUGUGCUCAAAGAAAUGUUGGGUUUUUUAAUUCUUUUUGGGAAAUUAAAUACAUGCCGUUGUUUGCAGUAACUUUUUGAUGAUGAGCCAAUGGUUCUGAUAUGCUUUGAAUUUCUAGUGUUGCUUCAAGUUGAAUACAAUGUUGCUAAGUUGAUAGAAUCAAUGACAAUUUCAGUUGUAAAUUUUUCCAAUGUUUCCUAUAAAACAAUGUUUUGUAAUUUUUUAUUAAUGAGGCUUUGGGGGGGAAAGAGAGACUAAAAUUUUUAUUUCAUUGCAGAAUCCCCGACAGUUGGAGUCGUUAUUGUAUAUUGAUUGAUACCACUAUAUUGUUUCCAUCUUCAUUUUUAUUUCAGAGUUUUAGAUGAAAGUAAGUGCACAUUUCUCUCAAAAUAUUGGCUUUCCACCAGGAAGGAAUGCGUAAGCAUUUACCUUUAUAAAUACUGAUUUCUGCAAUGCAAAAUUUUGUUGUGUCUUCUAAGUCCAACCAAAAAGCCACUUCCUGGCUCAUUUUCUCUGUUUUAGUCCCAAUUGCACAUUGCCUCUAUAACUUUCAUUACGAAACUGGCAUAUAGACUAAUCUUACUAGUCUGAGAAAGUCGUUCUAAAACUUCCAUUAGAGUAACAUUUAAUUGCCUAGAAGUAGUUACAGAAUCUGCUCAGACCAUUUUCCUGAUGUUAAGUCUAUAUUUUCAUGUUCCUUGUUUCCUUUCAGUAUUUCAGUAUUAGCCCUCUCCGUGCCAUUUAAAUGCAUGUUUAUUCCUGUCACGGACAUAUAUGUAAUGCUUUUCACUUAUUUUCAGACUAUAAUCGUCAAAGUGACAAAUUUUGAAAUAACUCAGACCCCCAGUUAGCUUUUGCAAUUAAAAGCCUGGCCCUGCAGUCUUUGGGAAACGUCAAGCUGUGCCCUCUUAAUUUUUUGAUCUUCUUUCCUAAGCCAGCCCUUCUACCCUAUGGAUAACCUCAGCAGCUUUUCUUUCAACUCAGUUUGUAACUUCAAGCUGGAGGGAGUGCAGAAGGGUUUCUCACUGUUGAGAUGGACUAGAACAGGUCACUUCCCAAAUCUGAUCAGGAAUGUCACGUGGACAAAGUUUUUAUUUUUCCUUUCUUUUCAACUAUGUUGCACAGAGGGAUUUAUACAUACCAUCAGGGAAAUAGGACCUGUAAUGGUACUUCAGGAUGGUGUGAAGACUAAAGAAUACAUUCCUCCUUUUUUUUUUAUGAAAUUGGUACAUACAGCAAGUAAGUUUCGUGAUUUUUAAUAUGUGAGAUGUCAUUUCUUUAAAUCUUCGGGCCUGGCCUUUUUCAUCCUUGUUAAAUGGAGUAGCAAAUUACUUAAAAUAUGAAUUAUGGAGCCGUGUAUGAGCAAAUGAGAGAUCUUCAUUCUUUUAAUUAUUUUUUUUUUUUUCCAUAUGUGAGACUUGUCAGAAUUACUGUUUUCAGGUAGUUUAUGUGCUGGUAGCUGAGAUGGUCUUCUGGAAGACAGUAUCUGAGACGAGAAGUCCUGGAAGGCUUAGAAAUAGGUACUCUGAAGUGCAGCGAUAUAAACUAUGUGAAUAGUGCUCGGGUAUGAACAUGCUGGACAAAACGAAAUCCUUAUCAAAGAGCUGUUAAGGUUUUGUAUUAAAAUCCAUUUUUCAAUAGCAUCUCUAAAAAUACAUGUUCUUAAUUGCAUACUCUUCGCCUCUCUCUUCUUCCAGAUUGAUUUUCUUUUAGGAGUGACAUUUACUAGCCCUGGAAAAAAAAGUGGAUUCUUUCCCUUACACGAGUAAUUCUGUUUAAAAUUAUUUCUUUGCAACACUUGAAAGCAUUACACAAACUUGAGCUUUAUUGAUUCGUCUUGAUUUCUCAGUUUCUGUAGAAUUUGCAUCUUUACACUAAUUUUUUGCAAUACAGUGGACAUAAAGCCCUGCUGGGCAGCAAUAAUACAUGCCCCAGUACAUGGUGCUACUUAAAUAAUACGCCUUUGUUGCACAUGGUUUUAGUGGUAUAAUGAGUAUCUUAAUCACCAGGAAGGCCAGGCGUUCCAAAUAACUUUCUUAGCAUGUCUUAUAUUUCUGUGUAUUUGUUGCUAAUUUUAACCAGCUUUUGAUACUUAUUUAGUUCCUACUGACAGCGUCUGCUCUUGCAGAUCAAAGGGCAAGAAUUAGCUUAUUCUGUUUUGUUUUUUUUUUUU